GGGGAGGCGGCGGCAGCGGCAGCGGCGGGGGCAACCCGGGCAGCCCGAGCCCCGCGGCCUGGGCCUGCGCUCGGCGCCAUGAGCGGUGGCGCGCCUUCGGGGGGCGGCCCUGGGGGCUCGGGCCGGGCGCGGACCAGCUCAUUCGCGGAGCCAGGCGGCGGCGGCGGCGGCGGCGGUGGCGGCCCCGGGGGUUCGGCCUCUGGCCCAGGCGGCAGCGGCGGCGGGAAGACGUCAGUCGGAGCCAUGGGCGGGGGCGUGGGGGCCUCGAGCUCCGGGGGUGGUCCCAGCGGCAGCGGCGGAGGAGGCAGCGGCGGCCCCGGCGCGGGCACCAGCUUCCCGCCGCCCGGAGUGAAGCUGGGCCGUGACAGUGGGAAGGUGACCACAGUGGUAGCCACUCUAGGCCAAGGCCCAGAGCGCUCCCAGGAGGUGGCUUACACAGACAUCAAAGUGAUUGGCAGUGGCUCAUUUGGGGUCGUGUACCAGGCACGGCUGGCAGACACGAGGGAAUUGGUGGCCAUCAAGAAGGUUCUCCAGGACAAGAGGUUCAAGAACCGAGAGCUGCAGAUUAUGCGUAAGCUGGACCACUGCAAUAUCGUGAGGCUGAGAUACUUUUUCUACUCCAGUGGGGAGAAGAAAGACGAGCUUUAUCUAAAUCUGGUGCUGGAAUAUGUGCCCGAGACGGUGUACCGGGUGGCCCGCCAUUUUACCAAGGCCAAGUUGACCAUCCCUAUCAUCUAUGUCAAGGUGUACAUGUACCAGCUCUUCCGGAGCUUGGCCUACAUCCACUCCCAGGGUGUGUGUCACCGCGACAUCAAGCCCCAGAACCUGCUGGUGGACCCUGACACUGCUGUCCUCAAGCUCUGCGAUUUUGGCAGUGCAAAGCAGCUGGUCCGAGGAGAGCCCAACGUCUCCUACAUCUGUUCUCGCUACUACCGGGCCCCAGAGCUGAUCUUCGGAGCCACUGAUUACACCUCGUCCAUCGAUGUGUGGUCAGCUGGCUGCGUACUGGCCGAGCUCCUCCUGGGCCAGCCCAUCUUCCCUGGGGACAGUGGGGUAGACCAGCUGGUGGAGAUCAUCAAGGUGCUGGGAACACCAACCCGGGAACAGAUUCGAGAGAUGAACCCCAACUACACGGAGUUCAAGUUCCCCCAGAUUAAAGCUCACCCCUGGACAAAGGUAUUCAAAUCCCGAACGCCACCUGAGGCCAUCGCGCUCUGCUCUAGCCUGCUGGAGUACACACCGUCCUCAAGGCUCUCCCCGCUGGAAGCCUGUGCCCACAGCUUCUUUGAUGAACUGCGAUGUCCUGGAACCCAGCUCCCCAACAACCGCCCGCUUCCCCCUCUCUUCAAUUUCAGUCCUGGCGAACUCACCAUCCAACCAUCUCUCAACGCCAUUCUCAUCCCUCCUCACUUGAGAUCCCCGGCGGGCACUGCCUCCCUUACCCCAUCCUCACAAGCUUUAAGUGAGGCUCAGACCGGCCCAGACUGGCAGUCGACCGAUGCCACAGCUCCCCUCACUAACUCUUCCUGAGGGCGCCACCAACUACCCUUCCAUCUGGGAGCCCCCAGUGGGGCUGGGAAGGGGGGCCAUAGCCUGUCAAGCUCCUGCCCUGACCGGGCCCCUAGACUAGAGGGCAGAGGUAAAUGAGUCCCUAUCCCCACCUCCAGUCCCUCCCUCACCAGCCUCACCCCUGUGGUGGGCUUUUUAAGAGGAUUUUAACUGGUUGUGGGGAGGGAAGAGAAGGAAGGACCGGGGAUUUGGGGGGGGGGCGGCAUGAGGACCUCCUACCCCCUCAGCUCCCUCCCCUCCCCCCAGGUCUCCACCUCCUCCAACCCCCCUCCCCUCCUGUAUCCCUUGUAAAUAGAACCAGACCAGCCCUUCUCCUCCUCUUCCCUUCCCUGGCCCCCGGGUGUAAAUAGAUUGUUAUAAUUUUUUUCUUAAAGAAAAUGUCGAUUCGCACCGUCCAAACCGGCCCUUUCCCCUCCAACAGCUGUGUCCCCCCGUCCUGUCCUCUGCCCCUAAGGCCUCCUCCCUCCUCUCCCCAUCCUGGAGGGCAGGGGCAGUGGGGGAGCCCCUGAUGUCUUAGUUUCCACAGUAAGGUUUGCCUGUGUACAGACCUCCGUUCAAUAAAUUAUUGGCAUGAAAACCUG